UCUUGUCACUGUACACUGUUCUGCAGCAAAAAUGUUUUUUUUUUUUUUUUUCCAUUGAAGGCUGAGUCACACCAAUCCUCCCCUCACAUGCUGUGCCCCAUUCUCUGUUUAUUCUCUGUUGAUGUGCUGAGAAAUGCACUGAAACAGCCUCGUCACUGGUGAACUGCACACUGAGCAACGGCGUGUAUGUUUUUAAUAAAGCAGAGGAGAGAAGAACAGGAUUCGCCCCGUCCAGAGUGCAAAAACAUCAAUUAUAUGCAGCGUCAAAGCAUACACAUUAAAAUAGUUAAACACAUGUUAUGCUUUUUAGCCCUAUUAAUGUUUUGAUGUGCACUUUAAAGUCAUUUAGAGUGCAGAGCUGAAACUGAAGUUGCAGCAUCUUGUUAAAAGCACAUUAUACACACCAUAAGACCAACAUAAAUUAAGACAAUGUAAAACAACCUAGAGCAUCUGACUUACUGGAAUAGCGAGGCUUGGAAAAAUGGGUCCGAUUCAACAUUGAGGCUGUAGCUUUAUUUUCAGUUUGUGUCGUUUUUGCAUGGGUCAUGUAGUAUUUCUUGGGGCUUUCCUAAGGUACAGGACCAGUCACGCUUUGAGAUUGCACUCCCAUUACACAGAAGCAGGGGUGACGGGGAGAGAGAGAGAGAGAGAGGGAGAGGGAGGGGGAGAGAAGGAGGGAGAGAGAGAGAGAGAGAGAGCAAGAGCUACCACCAACCAGUGCCAAACUUGAGGCCAACCUCUUUCUCUCCUCCCAUCUCAUUCUUUCCUAUAUGGGCACUCACAGAUGGAUUUUCAGACAGUACAGUAUUACACUGACGAGCACUGGAGGACUGAGAGGAGCUCAAAGGUUACAGGACGACUGAAAGUAUCAGAAACCCGUCUGAUAUCCUCGGAGCAUAUCUUUUUUCUACUUUAGACCCUCGUUCAAAAGGUGCCAUGGCAACACCAAGUCAGAAAAAUACCCCCCGGGGUGCGAGCACACCCCUGUCCCCCAACCGUAUCACGAGGCUUCAGGAGAAGGAGGACCUGUCCAACCUCAACGAUCGCCUGGCUGUCUACAUCGACAAGGUCCGCUCUCUGGAGGCCGAGAACGCCGGCCUGCGUCUGCGCAUCACCGAGUCGGAAACAGAGAUCAGCCGCGAGCUGACGGGCCUGAAGGCCGCCUAUGAGACCGAGCUGGCCGAUGCCCGCCAGACUCUGGACUCCGUGGCCAAGGAGCGCGCACGUCUGCAGCUGGAGCUGGGCAAGCUGCGAGACGACUACAAGGAGCUUAAAGCCAGGAAUACAAAAAAGGAGUCUGAUUUGGCGGGAGCACUGCUGAGGCUCAAAGACCUGGAGGCUUUGCUGAACUCUAAGGAUGCGUCUUUGACCACAGCCCUGGGAGAGAAGCGUAACCUGGAGGCGGAAAACAGAGACCUGAAGGCCCAGGUUGCUAAGCUGGAGAACAGCUUGAGCGAUGCCAAGAAGCAGCUGCAGGACGAGAUGCUGAGGAGGGUGGACGGAGAGAAUCGCAUCCAGACCCUCAAAGAGGAGCUGGAGUUCCAGAAGAACCUCUACUCCGAGGAGCUGAGAGAGACGAAGCGGCGCCAUGAGUCUCGUAUGGUUGAGAUUGAUAACAGCCACCAGCAAGACUUUGAGAGCAAGCUGGCCGAGGCUCUGAUGGAGAUGCGUAACCAGCAUGAAGUGCAGAUCAAAAUGUACAAGGACGAGAUUGAGAAGACCUACAAUUCUAAGCUGGAGAACGCUCGUCAGUCGGCGGACAGGAGCAGCCACCUGGUGGGAGCCGCCCACGAGGAGCUCCAGCAGACCCGGAUCCGCCUCGAGUCCGCAUCUGCUCAGCUCAGCCAGCUGCAGAAACAGCUGGCGGCCCGUGAGGCGAAGGUGCGGGACCUGGAGGACGCCCUGUCUCGAGAGCGGGACACCACCCGCCGCCUGCUGGGUGAGAAGGACCGAGAGAUGGCUGAGAUGAGGCAGCAGAUGCAGCAGCAGCUGGACGAGUACCAGGAGCUCCUGGACGUCAAGCUGGCCCUGGACAUGGAGAUCGCUGCGUACAGGAAACUGAUCGAGGGAGAGGAGCAGAGGCUUCGUCUCUCCCCCAGCCCUCCGCCCUCCAGAGGGACGGGAGCUCGCUCCUCCGCCUCGGGAGCACAUUCCCGUACGGUCCACUACAGCUCCUCCGCCAAGAGACGCCGCCCCAACGACACCGACAGCGAGGCGUCCAGCUUCGCGGGGGGCGCCGUGGCCCGAACACGCAUCACCCAGCAGGCCUCGGCCAGCGGGCGCAUCACCGUGGACGAGGUGGACCUGGAUGGGAAAUACGUGAGGCUGAGCAACAAGUCAGACGAGGACCAGAACGUGGCCAACUGGCAGCUGAAGCGGCAGGUGGGAAAUGGUGCAGCCAUUACCUUCAAGUUCCCCUCCAAGUUCACCAUGAAGGCCGGCCAGAGGGUCACGAUCUGGGCGUCUGGUGCCGGUGGAAGCCACAACCCCCCCUCUGACCUGGUGUGGAAGAACCAGCCGACCUGGGGCACCGGAGACGUUUUCCAGACCACGCUGAUCAGCGCCAGCGGAGAGGAAAUGGCAAUGAGGAAGGUCACUCGCACACACCUUGAAGACGAUGAUGAUGACAUGGUGGCCCACAGCACCUGCGGGGACAGCGAGUACAACCUGCGCAGCCGGACGGUGGUGUGCGGCUCCUGCGGCCUUCCCUCAGACAAGUCCAGCAACUGCUCCGUGUCCUCGGCCUCCCGCUCCUUUCGCAGCGGUGGCAUCUCCGAGGGCCUCCUCCCUCACUCCUACGUGAUCAGCACCAGCACGCCUCGCAAGAGUGGAGCCAGAAUGGAGAGCUGCCCGAUCAUGUGAAGCCCGGAUCCUCGCUGGAGCUCCUAAACUCAAUCAGCAGUCCAAUAAUAUCCAUAUACAACUUUCAUUAUAAUGUUCAAGAUGAUAUAGGCAAUGAAGGGUUAUUCUGUUUUUUAUAAUGUAUAUAGGCAUGCAUAUGAAAUAUUUUCUUAAAGACAUGAUUGAGACACUCAGAGACAAUUUACUUUCGUGAUAUUUAGAGAAAUUCCAACCUGAAGAUAAAGUUCUCAUCUCUGCCAGUUUGUUUUCUUUUCUACAAACAGUGAAAGUGGCUGAUCUGCACAGCGACUGUGAUCGUCAAAUUACAAAUACUUUCCUGCUCUGCUCUGCUUAUAUCAGACAUUUUAUCAGGUUUUUUUUCAUUAUCCUCCAUUUAUUAUUCUCUCAGCAGCGUUUCCUGUUUUUCUCUUGACAUCACUGCAGCAUCCGACUCAGCAGGGCUGGGGUCAGGUCACCUUCAGGCCGCUCACUUUGGAAAUAAAUUUAAAAUUGAGAAUCAAACCAAAGUAAAUUGAUUUAGAAUAAGAUCCUUGCCCUAAGUAAACUCCCUGAAGUAAACUGACCCCAGCCUUGCUACAGAACUACGGCAUUUAAGUUGUGUAUUUGUCUGCG